AUGACUGUUGUCCACAAUGGAGAAGCAGCUGUACAUUCUUUAGAUACUGUCUCUGAUGUCAGAGUGCAGGGAUUAGAGGCCUGUGCCUCUCCUCCUGGCUACCACCCUGCUAAGCCCUUUUUCUCUUUCACUGUCAUAGCUGACUACAAGGAGAGCUUCAACACCAUUGGAAACAUUGAAGAGAUCGCGUACAAUGCUGUUUCCUUCACCUGGGAUGUGAAUGAAGAGGCAAAGAUUUUCAUCACAGUGAAUUGCUUGAGUACAGAUUUCUCCUCCCAGAAGGGCGUGAAAGGACUUCCUUUGAUGAUUCAGAUUGACACAUACAGUUACAAUAACCGCAGCAAUAAACCCAUCCACAGAGCGUACUGCCAGAUCAAGGUCUUCUGCGACAAGGGAGCAGAAAGAAAAAUCCGAGAUGAAGAGAGAAAGCAGAAUAGGAAGAAAGGGAAGAGCCAGGCCUCCCAAACCCAGUGCAACAACUCCUCUGACGGGAAGCUGGCCGCCAUACCUUUACAGAAGAAAAGUGACAUCACGUACUUCAAAACCAUGCCUGACCUGCACUCGCAGCCCGUGCUCUUCAUACCAGAUGUUCACUUUGCCAACCUGCAGAGGACUGGACAGGUGUAUUACAACACAGAUGACAAACGAGAAGGCAGCAGCGUCCUUGUUAAACGGAUGUUCAGGCCCAUGGAAGAGGAGUUUGGUCCGACACCGUCUAAGCAGAUUAAAGAAGAAAACAUAAAGCGAGUGCUUUUGUAUGUGCGGAAGGAGAGUGAUGACGUGUUCGACGCCCUGAUGCUGAGAUCGCCCACAGUGAAGGGCCUGAUGGAAGCGCUGUCUGAGAAGUAUGGGCUGCCAGUGGAGAAAAUCACAAAGCUUUAUCAGAAGAGCAAAAAUGGCAUCCUGGUGAACAUGGAUGACAACAUCAUUGAACACUAUUCAAAUGAGGACACCUUCAUCCUCAACAUGGAGAGCAUGGUGGAAGGCUUCAAGAUCACGCUUAUGGAGAUCUGA